AUGGCCCCCACACCCCAAACAUCCACCCCACCACCCCACGAACCAACCCCCCAACACCAACCCACCCCCCCAAAUACCCCCCAAACACCCAAACAACAACACCCCACCAAUCAACCCCCCACCCACUCCCCCACUCAACCAUCCCCCCAAAAGCCCAACAACAAAACCAAAAGCAUCUACCCAACCACCACCCAACACAACAAACAACACUACCUACACCCACCCCCCCCACCACAACCAACCCCAAAGGAGCCCAACCACACAACCCCCCCCCACCCCCCAAAUCCCCCCAAUACCCCCACCCAACACACCACAAACCACACCACACCACCCCAACCCCAGACAAAACCCCCACACCACCAACCCCACUCCCACCCCAACAAACACCAAACCAAACCCCCAAGCCAAACAACACCACCCCCACCCCACCCCCCAACCCUCACAAACGAUGCAUCUUUAGGAGAGUAG